CGUCAUUCCACCGCGGCGAGUGCGAGCGAGGGCGGGCACAGGGAAGCUCGUGCAUAGCGGCACAGGGAAGCUCGUGCAUAGCGGCACAGGGAAGCUCGUGCAUAGCGGCACAGGGAAGCUCGUGCAUAGCGGCACAGGGAAGCUCGUGCAUAGCGGCACAGGGAAGCUCGUGCAUAGCGGCACAGGGAAGCUCGUGCAUAGCGGCACAGGGAAGCUCGUGCAUAGCGGCACAGGGAAGCUCGUGCAUAGCGGCACAGGGAAGCUCGUGCAUAGCGGCACAGGGAAGCUCGUGCAUAGCGGCACGCGAAUAGAACCUAGGCGGCCCUCACGGGGUGAGUCGCCCCACUGCAUUCCCUCCAUUCCCCUCCUUCCAUUCCCCUCCUUCCAUUUCCCCCCUUCCAUUCUCCCUCCUUCCAUUUCCCUCCUUCCAUUUCCCUCCUUCCAUUCCCUUCCUUCCAUUGCCCUCCUUCCAUUCCCCUCCCCCUCCUUCCCUUCUGCCCUUCCCUUCCUGCCCUUCCCUUCCCGCGCUUCCCGUACCACCCUUCCGUCCCUGCCCUCCCAUCUCUCCCUCCUGCCCUCCCGUCUCCCCGCCCUGCCACCCGUCUCCCCCCUGCACUCCCAUCUCCCCGCCCUGCCGUCCC